AGAUAUAUGUCACCAAGUUCUUGAUCUCUACUCACCAAAUAGAUCAGAAACAGGAUCAACUUCUGGUGACACUGCUCUCGUCAUGCCUGGAGCUACUCCUCGACGACCAUCAACACCAACACAGGCAAGCAGUGCAGCUCCACCUCCUGCCAAGAAGGUUAAGAAAGAAGAAGUGAAAUCCUCUCCUGCCAAGACAGAAAAUACUACUCCCUCACAAUCCUUCCAGUACCCCUACCAGUAUUCAAAUUAUCCUUCAUCUUAUCCUUCCCAAAGUUCAUCUCAGGGAACUUCUACUGCUGCUACCCAGCGGUACCCAUAUUCUUACCCUCCAUCUACUACUCAAGGGCCACCUCCACAGGCUCCUCCUCAGGCACCCCCUCCAGCAUAUCAACCACCUCAAAGACACUACCCCCCACCUGCUGCAUGCUACAUGCCAAGCUGCUGCUGCUCCUCCACAUUAUACUUCACAACCUCCACCGUCUCAUUAUUCUACAACAAAUCAUCCUCCUGCUUCUUACCAUCAAGCAUCCACCACAACACAUUACCCCACCCCACCCACAAAUCAACCACCUCCUCAGAGUCACUACCCUCCUCCUCCUCAUGGGUCUACCUCCUCUUCAUAUUAUGCACCACCACCUGCUUCUACUAAUCCAACUAGCUAUCCAACAGCGGGUCCAUCCUCAUCAUAUCCACCUCCAAAUUCCUAUUCUCACUCAAGUUCCAGACAAUACUGAGUAUUUUCUUAUUCGUCACUAUGCCCUGUUCUUUUUAGACUACGACUGUUAUGUAUUAUAUGUUAGUCCUGCAUAUAAUUUUUAUCAAACUGAAAUAAAAUAAAGUUUAUUGCAAAAUAUUAUUUUCAGGAUAAUGGUCAAAUUACCAUGUGUGUACAUUAAAAAUUAGUAAAGUUUAAAUAUAAAUUUCAGUCAAGUUUCAGUAUAUCAAAACAAGCUUCAUUAUAAAUUUCAAUAAAUAGUUUUAGUAUGAAUGUAGAUACACAAUUUCAAUAAUUGUUUUGUACAAAAUUAUUGAUGUUAGUGUUAUGUAUAAUAAUUGGUUAUGUAAAAUAAAUUCCUUGAACCACGUAUUCAAAGCAAAAAAUUUACUUCACAAUAUCAGGAUAGCAUAAUGAAAAUGUACAAUUGCUUAAACCAUAAUAUAGUAUACAUAUUUCAGGCAAGGCUGGAGAAACUAUUAUAAAACCAUGUCACAUUCUUUAAAUGCUAAUAUUACUAGUAGCUAAGUAUCAGAACAUAGGUUUGAAACAUUAUAUGGGAAAAUCUAACAGCUAUACAAUUAAAAUCUGAAUUUUUUAGUCAUGCAUGCAUCAGAAAUGUGAUUAGGUUACAUGGUUAUAAUAACUGCAGGUACAGCUGUAGUUUGAUUAUAUGCUGAUAUUUUUUAGUAUAUAUUUAAGUUCUAUUGUGCACUAUGACCUAUACAUGUUAAGAGCUUGUUUUCUACUAUGACAAUUUCUUAUAAAUUAUUAUUCCUAUUAUAAUAAUUGGUUCUGUUUGUGAAUAAAUUAUCCACCAUUUACACUGCAUGCAGGAAUUUUGAUAUUUUCAUAAAUUCCUAAGGUAAAUCACUGGUAAAUAUUGAGUUGCCCAGUCUAUAAGACAUUUCAUAGGGCUUCCCAAUUAAUGUACAAAUGUUUGCUCAAAAUAAAAAUAUAAAUUAUGUGCAUAACUGACGGCAGCAUUAAAAAUCUUGCUAAGUGUCUGUUAUAUUAUUAUGUAUAAGGAAAAAGGGCUAAACCCAUAGGGGUUAAAUGCACAAAGAGUCUAUGCUUCUGUAUUAAAUUGCUGUGAUAUUUGACUGGCAAUUUAGUUAGCUGCUUCAAAAUGUGUAUAAAUCAUAUAUUUAGGUAAAUAAAGUGAAUGGUAAAGAA